AUGAACGGGUUCACCCCCAAUAACAGCGCGUCCACCAGUUCGAACCGUUUCCACGGUGACUUUCCUCAGCAGCAUUCGAAUCAACCUCUUUUCGCAAACGGACUUCUUCCAACACAUCUGCAUCAACACCAGCAACCUCAAUCUGUGCACAAUUCGCAGCACCAAUGGCAGCAGCAUCAGAUCCCACCCAACGUACCAGCUCCACAAAUGAACGUCCAACAACAAGCCAUGGUAAAUCAAGCUUGGGGAAACCCAAUGCCCAUCCCCCAGCAAUUUCCGAAUAUGAAUAUGCUACCAAUGGGCUCUUUUAACAUGCCCUUCCUGUCCCAACAAAUUAUUCAAGAGGCCUUUGCUAUGUCGGCACCUGUUGAAGCCAGUGACGAACCUACUCUCCUCAAGAAACUUCUCGCUAGUCGGAAGAUAGGUCAAGGUUACAAGGACGCUUUGAAUAGUCUUCACGGGACAAACGGGCAUUCUGCAAGUUUAUGGAAAGACUACUACUUGGAUCACAAGGACCGCAUCGAUUCAUGGAUUGCAAUGUGCAUUCAGAAGGAGAAGGAGAAGGAACAGAGUCGCACUCCGGUUUCCGCUACCCCCCAGCCACCGAUGGAGAAUAAAGAUGUCCGCAAGGUGUCGGUUCCGACGAUAAAGAAGCCCUCUCCCGCCUCGUUUAAGCGUGAGCCGUCGCCUCAGGCGUCUAGUUCUCGGGUUUCUUUGACAGCUCCACCUGGCCGCCCAGCUAUCAAGAAGUCAAGAAAGUCGGAAACCCCUGCGCCCAAAGAACCAAUGCCAGCAGCGGGCCGCAGAAAUACGAUGAAUAGCCUUUCUGCCCCAUCUCCGGUGUUCGGUGCCCGUUUGCCUGCUCCCAAUGCAGAUGUCAGGAUCCCCGAGCCCCCGUCGCGUUCACCCAGCCCUCCCACCAACAUUAUUCCGCAUGUAAGAGGAAAUAAGUAUACCAAAGAGGACCGCGAAUUCUUCAUUAAAUUCGUCGGAUGGCGACUAAAGCAAGACCCCACACUUAAUCGACAAGACUUAUGUGAAUUGCUUGCAAAAAAGGCACCUCAUCAUACGGCGCAAUCAUGGGCGUCUCACUGGUCAAAUAACCAUGACUUGCCAGACAAGAUUCUUGCUGCAGCCAAAGGUGACGACUACUCAUCUGAAGAGGAGUCCAGUGAAGAGGAAGAAGUUCCGGUAAAGCGACGACCAAAAUAUAAAGACCCUUCAACAACAGAAGAAGAGGAUUCGGACUCAGAAGAGGAACUUGAAGAGUCUGACAGUGAUGACAGCAAGCCCGUGCGACACUAUUCCGAGAAGGAAAUGGGGACCAGUGGUACUCCGUUCAAUGAUGCGGAUCAGUUCAUCGCGGCAAAGUAUAUUGCCAACUUCCCUCACUGGGAAACAGCCACCUCGAAGGACCGCUGGGAUCCUUUCCAUGCAAAGUACCCUCAGCGAUCUGCGAAAUCGUGGGCAGAAUAUUAUAGGAGAUGCCAGGGUCCCCUCCUCAAGUUAGCCAAGAGAAUUAAGCGCGAAGGUACUGCACAACCUCAAGUCGAUUCUCAGUGUGCGCGGCCUACGCGAGGCUUGCCGAAACGCAAAAUGGACUCUGACCCAAGCGAUGACACUACUCCGAAGCGCGGCAAAAGGGAAGCAGAUUGA